AUGCAGAUCGAAGACAAAAGAAUCCUGACAUUCCGCGGCAAGUUGAAAGGAGAUCUUAGCAAGAGGCCAAGGGACAAGUACUGCUGCUUCCAUCGAGACCACGGUCAUGACACAGUUGACUGCUACGAUCUAAAACAGCAGAUAGAGGCCCUUAUAAGACAGGGGAAGCUACAGAGGUUCGUUAGCAAGGAACAAAUGGAUCCACCCCAAGAGCAGGCCCUACGACGGGAGAAUAAGCGCCCAAGGUCAUCCAUUGGAGACAUAAGGAUGAUCAUGGGGGGCACGACAACCUCUGGGUCAUCCAAAAAAGCCAGGAAGACAUACCUGAGAAUGGUCCAGAAUAUCCAGCUUACGGGCACUGUACCCAAGAUGACACGGAUCGACAACCCCGUCAUCGGAUUUUCAGAAGAAAAUGCUCGAAGGCUGCACCACCCGCAUGACGAUGCGCUUGUUGUCAGUCUAAGGGUAGGAGACUACAACAUGCACCGGGUUCUGGUCGAUAACAGCAGUUUGGUAGACAUCCUGUAUUACCCGGCUUUUCAGCAGAUGAGAAUUAAUAGGGAACAGUUGGUCCCAGUUAAUGCCCCUCUAGUUGGUUUCGGAGGGAUGAGAGUGUUCCCCAUCGGUGCUGUCACAUUGUCAGUAACGGUGGGUGAUUACCCCCAGCAGAUCACUAAGGAAGUAACAUUCCUGGUGGUCACUUGUUCGUUUGCUUACAAUGCCAUCCUCGGACGACCCACCCUCAACUCAUUGAAGGCUGUAAUUUUAACCUACCAUUUAAUGAUCAAGUUCCCAACGGAUUAUGGAGUAGGAGAACUGCGCAGAAAUCAAGUGGCAGCACGAGAAUACUAUAUUGCUAUGCUAGAGAUGGACGAUCAUCAACAAAUAAUGUGCAUAGGAGAACAAUGGACAGUAGCGGAGCUAGUCGAAGAGUUAGAAGAAGUAAUCCUUGAUGACUUAAGGCCAGAACAAACGACUAGAGUGGGUACAUUGGCAAGCUGGCCGGUGCGCCAAGAGCUCACGACAUUCCUAAGAGACAAUCAAGACGUGUUCGCCUGGAGUUACGAAGACAUGCCAGGGAUCGACCCCUUAAUCAUUUUUCACAAACUGAAUGUAUCACCUUCAUUUUCCCCAAUCUGGCAGAAGAAAUGA